GCCCAAUUAAUCACUUAAUUCAGUCUUCUUCUCCAAAGGUCUCCUUCUCUCACUCUCUCCCCCCCUCUCUCUCUCUCUCAAGAAAAGAAAACUUUUCCCUUGAGGAAGGUUUUGGAGAUCUGUUUUGAAGAGCCAACAAAGAGGAGAAAACCAGAAGAAAUCAAGAGAAAGGGGAGAAAAAAAAGGGGUUUGUGUGCAUAAUUAUAAUUUUGAUGGAAUCCUCAGCAGCACCAACUAAGUGGUUAUCUGAUUCUGAACUGGUAACUGAAGAUAUUCCAAUCAUUUUCACAAAUUACUACCCGAUGAACCCAUCCUUUAGUGACUACUCCCUCGACCUUGAUGAUCUUGACUUCCCAUCAUUUUCAUUAGAAAAUUACUCAUUGAAUCACGAAGCAGCGCCCAACUUCAGCGCUUCAUCAGUUGAAACCUUCCAACCAAGUACCGAAAGGGCCGCAAAGCAGCUCAAGAUGUCCCCGUCUAGCUCCCCAUUCCAAAUCAUAUCUUUCGGGAACUCAGGCUCUCCUCCAAGUAGGACUAAGUCUAUGACUCCAGACGGGAACGUGAGUUUCCCAUCUCACGUGAUUUCUCAUGGUUAUUCCUAUCAACUAGGAGAAAAUAUUAAAGACAUUUCCGAGCAAGGAAGCCAUAGUAAUAAGAGGGGCCAUGGUGCCAUGAAUCGGACACCUCUGCAUGCCCAAGAUCAUGUGAUCGCAGAGAGAAAGCGCCGGGAGAAGCUCAGCCAACGUUUCAUUGCUCUCUCUGCAGUCAUCCCCAGCCUCAAGAAGAUGGACAAGGCCACCGUGCUCGGAGACACCGUCAAGUACAUUAAACAGCUUAAAGGACGCUUGGAGAAACUCGAAGAAGAAUUGUCAAGGAAAACUGUGGAAUCUGUGGUUGUCGUGAAGAAAUCUCAGGUUGCAAUGGAUGAUUGCUCCUAUUCAUCUGACGAGAGCUCGUGCGACCAAUCCAACCAAGAGCUGCCUGAAAUCGAAGCUCGAGUCUCUGAAAAGCAUGUUCUUGUCAAGGUCCAUUGUGAAAGACGCCAAGGUUGCAUCUCCAAAAUACUUAACCUAAUUGAGAAGAUGAACUUGAGCGUCCUUAGCAACAGUGUCAUCCCGUUCGGCAGUUCGAUACUAGAUAUUACUAUUGUGGCUCAGAUGGAAGGUGAGCUUCCCAUGACGAUUGAGGAUCUCACUAAAAACCUUCGCCAGAAUCUCCUUAAUCUCAUCUGACCGCGACAAUAUCGUAGAAUAUGACUCUCGAUCUCCAUAUAAUUGAACUUCUAAUCUCCUAAGCCUAUAUGCCUUGCUUCCUCAUCUCCUAUCCGUCUUUUUUUUUUUUGGGUGACCGUUUUGAGUGAAAUCUUCUGCUUGUGAAUUCACUCCAUAUGCUUAUUUUCGAAGGCUGAGUUUCCAUUUUUCAGGUGGGUUUUUUCUUUUUAAACUUUUUCUCGCGAGGUUGACCCGUUGACCAUGUGUUAUAACCCACGCGCUGUAUUUGAAACUCAAUUACUUUUUAAAAAUAUUUUUGGAGGGCGAUUUUUUGAGAGGUUUGACUUUUCAGAACAAUUGGGCCCUUUUAUAUAUGUCUUUAUCUAUUUUCUUAUUGUUAUUAUUGUAAUUAAUUCCGCUCUGUUUGUCCAAAAUUAUCGGUCUUUGAGAGACAAACAGGCACAUGUUUUCUUCCUAAUGGUCGGAUAUAUCAUCCAUGCAUUCUGUUCUUUCCUUUUCCCUGUCAAUUUGUUUGUUAUGUAUACUAUUGUACCCAAUGAAGUAUACAUAUAUAUAGUGGAAUAUCAUGUUCUAAUUUGUUCAAUAUCUCUCUGUAAAU